CGCGCAAUUCGAGCGGGAAAAUGCACCUUCUUUUUUGUUGUUUCACGGCAUCACACACCCCGAGGAGUGACAGCGAAAGCGUUCUUUCAUGUGAAUUGUGUUCGUCUCUCUGUGCGUUUUGUUUUGUUGGCUUCGUUUUGCCUUGUAAUCCGUUUUGUGCUGUUUUGUAAUGCUUGGUGUCGUUUUUCCCUUGUGUGUAUUUUGUUCGUUUGCCGUAAAAAGGUUUUUAAAUACUGAAAAGUGUAUUUGUUGCUGAAACUCGAAGAGGCACCAGAAGAGGCCCUCCCCGAUGGCUCAACAGGGUACACCGCGAACCCGGGCACCGUUGGGCGAGCUGCCGAUAGGGACGGGACACGCUACCGUAUCCGUUACCUCCCCCACGCCGACACAAACGGCAGCCACGCCGCAGCGGAGCGUGCUCGGACCGCGGCCCAUCCACAGCCCGAGCGCGAACAUUCCGGACAGCAUCCUGACGCCCACACUCUCGCCGGAGGAGAUGGUCAUCCGGCAGCGGGGAAGGCGCCGCCGGACCGUCAUCUGGUCACCGGAUCACGCCGAUCGUGCCAUGUUUCCUUCGCCCAUGAAAACGCCUACGAAAAACGUCUCCACGAUGAUGCUGCGCAGUUCGCCCCGGAAGCGCUCGCUGAUGCAGGAAUUCUCCGACGUGCCCCCUUCGACGAGUGGCAGCGGAUACUCAUCACCCUCCAAAAGAGUGCCCCAAAGCUCGUCACGCAUGUGGAUGGGCGAUUUUCUUCCCAGCACCAGUACGAAAAAGGUCCGGCUGGAAGAGACCGCCAUGAACCGGGUGAACGAGGACAUCCCGCUGGACAUCAUACUGAAGGGUUACAGCCGGGAACAGUUGAUUGGCAUCAUCGGUUCGAUGGUGGCAAAGAAUGGGCAGCUAGAGGGUGCGGUACGGCGCGAAUUACCACUGCCGGAUAUUACCCCGCUGGAUGCGGAGCUCGGUCGCAUCCGGAAGAACAUCUUCGCCUGCGUGCCGAACCAGAAGUUUUUCAGCCGAACCGAUGGGCAUGGGUUUUUGCGGGCCGCUACCCAUCUGGCCACGUUCAAGCAGACGGUCCACGGUCAGGCGCAGAAUCUGUACGCAUCGCGGCACUGGGACGCGCUGCUGGAUUACGUGCUGAUGGCGUGGACGCACGUGCGCGAAACGCCGGUGUACGAUAAUGCGAAACACAACGCUACCCGGCGGUACUGCUUUAAGCUGCUGGCCCACCAUGCGACCAGUGCGCUGAAGCACGGCGCAGUGGGGCUGGGUACGGAGCGGAUCGCCCGGUUCCAGCAGAAGCUGCCCUGCAUGGUGGCGGACUGGGAGGAAAUUGGUGAAUGCAGCAAGUGCAUUGAUUACAUCAUGAAAGGAUCUUAAUUGUGCUGAUUGUGCUAUUAGUUGCGUUUUUUCCCUCCUAUUACGUUUGGUUGAUUUGAGGGAUCCAUUUUUUUUUUAAAUUGAUUAGGAUAUUUUGCGCUUGAGGGAGCAACAACGAGCGGCGCAUAUCGGUUUAGCGUAUUGUUUAGUUUCAUUGUAGUAAUGCGUUGUGUGCGAAUUGUGUCGUUAAAUAAAGCUACAGCAACAUUGAUAAAACUCA